CUGCGUGCGUCGGGACGGGCUACGGAACUGCUGAAGGGUCGACGAAUAAUUGGAGAUGAAGGCGAAAAUAGAAAUUAAACAGCGGUCUUAGAAUUGUAACGUUAAAUUAGCGGUAGUACAGUUAUUUGUGGCCUCAGUUUGAAGCGAAUGUUAUAUGAGGACUCCCGGAGGAAGUGCUUUAAUCGCAGUGAGGUAGCGAAUGUAGGGAGAGUUGGGGAGGGCUGUAGCUGCUGGGGUUUUUUUGGAGAGGGAAAACAAUAUGGCUGCGGUGGAGCUCGAAUGGAUCCCAGAAACACUGUACAACACAGCUAUCUCGGCUGUGGUGGACAACUACAGCCGUUCAAGAAGGGACAUACGCUCGCUCCCAGAAAAUAUACAGUUCGAUGUCUAUUAUAAGCUUUACCAGCAGGGCCGCCUCUGCCAGCUGGGAGGAGAGUUCUGUGAGCUGGAGGUGUUUGCUAAAGUACUGCGGGCUUCAGAUAAAAGACACCUCCUGCACCACUGCUUUCAGGCCCUAAUGGACCACGGUGUAAAAGUGGCCUCCGUUCUGGCAAACUCCUUUAGCCGCCGCUGCUCCUACAUCGCAGAGUCCGACGCCCAUGUCAAAGAGAAGGCCAUCCAGUUCGGCUUUGUGCUGGGUGGCUUCUUGUCUGAUGCGGGAUGGUAUGGAGAUGCAGAGAAGGUGUUUCUGUCGUGCCUGCAGCUUUGCACACUUCACAGUGAGGUCCUCCACUGCUUCCGGGCUGUAGAAUGUUGUGUCAGGCUGCUUCAUGUCCGUAACGGCAACUGUAAGUACCACCUGGGGGAGGAGACCUUCAAGCUUGCUCAGUCUUACAUGGACAAACUAGCCAAACAUGGCCACCAGGCCAACAAGGCAGCGCUAUACGGCGAGCUUUGUGCCUUGCUCUUCGCCAAAAGCCACUAUGAUGAGGCAUACAGGUGGUGUAUAGAGGCUAUGAAGGAAAUUACUCCAGGGCUGCCUGUCAAAGUAGUGGUUGAUGUCCUCCGGCAAGCCUCCAAGGCCUGCGUGGUGAAGAGAGAGUUCAGAAAAGCAGAGCAGCUGAUCAAACAUGCAGUGUUUCUAGCAAGAGAACAUUUUGGACACAAGCAUCCCAAGUACUCCGACACGCUGCUAGAUUACGGAUUUUACUUAUUAAAUGUAGACAACAUAUGCCAAUCAGUUGCUAUUUACCAGACAGCGCUGGAUAUCCGACAGUCUGUGUUCGGGGGGAAGAACAUCCACGUUGCCACAGCCCAUGAAGACUUGGCCUACUCCUCAUACGUGCACCAGUACAGCUCGGGGAAAUUUGACAACGCACUAUUCCAUGCAGAACGUGCAAUAGACAUCAUCACUCACAUUCUGCCUGAGGACCAUCUGCUGCUGGCCUCCUCCAAGAGAGUCAAAGCUUUGAUUCUGGAGGAAAUAGCUAUCGACUGCCACAAUAAGGAGACAGAAGAGCGCCUUCUGCAGGAGGCGCAUGACCUUCAUCUUUCCUCAUUGCAGCUGGCCAAGAAGGCCUUCGGAGAGUUCAACGUCCAGACAGCCAAACACUAUGGCAACCUAGGACGACUCUACCAGUCCAUGAGGAAGUUCAAGGAGGCAGAGGAGAUGCACAUCAAAGCCAUCCAGAUCAAGGAGCAGCUUCUGGGCCACGAAGACUACGAAGUGGCUCUGUCUGUGGGUCACCUGGCUUCCCUCUACAACUACGACAUGAACCAGUAUGAAGAUGCAGAGCGGCUCUACCUGCGCUCCAUCGCUAUCGGUAAAAAGCUGUUUGGAGAGGGUUACAGCGGACUGGAGUACGACUACAGAGGCUUGAUCAAACUCUACAACUCAGUGGGAAACUACGAGAAGGUGUUUGAAUACCACAACGUACUGUCCAACUGGAACAGGCUGAGGGACCGGCAGUUUGCCGUGGCAGAUGCCCUGGAGGACGUCAACACUACUCCCCAGCAGACCCAGGAGGUGGUACAAGCUUUCCUAUUGGCUCAGAGCCUGGGCCCCACCCGCCCCUGUCUUGGCUGAUUUUAUGAGGGAAGAGCGGGGGGAAAAAAGACAAGUGGGCUUUAGCCUGGUAAGGACGCAUAAUGAGCCCAAAUGUGAUGCUUCAGUUGCACACAGUUAAUUAGUAAUACACAGAAAAUUCAAGCAUCACGGCAGGUCAGUGGUUUUAUAGUCACUGCAGCUGCCAGUACACACACAGACAUACACACACAUUUAGUUGUGGAAUAAAAAAAAUAGAGAAGACACCGUUAUCAAACCUCAUCGACACCCACACAAUCCACCAAGAUGCAACUCCAGACCGGAUGCAGCUUCACCCCACAGAGAAGACUGCAUUUCUCCAAGAGAAAGAGGACACACGACUGAGAGGAGGGGUGGCGGGGUGAAAAAUAAAAAACUCAAACGUCCUGUAAGGAUGACAAAUGACCUCUCCUCUUGUCUCACUCACCUUUUUCUUUUCAGUUUGGAAUCGGAGAACAUUUUUGCUUUUGUAUUUGAACCAGUGUAGCUCUGAAUCCCAUGAGACUCAUCACAGAUGAAAACCAUGUUCUCCAGGGCUAUGUACAUGACAGUAUCUGGACCCCACACACAUCUGUGAAAUACGUCUUUAAAACACAUCCAUCAACGUCAUCACUUGGCGGAUCAGAGAUGGCAAAUUGUCAGAUAUUUUUGACACUUGUACAGUAAAAUAAUACAGCAGAUUGUACACUUAAGUUUCAGUUGAAGGCUUCUUCUUUUUGUUUUGUUUUUGUCUUUGCAAAGAAAUGAAAGUGGACCCUAAGAAACCUCCUGUUUUGAAGUACUUGGUGGAGAGAGAUUACAAACAGUGGAAUGUGUUGAACCAGUGGGUAUAUUGUUACACACAUAAAAGGCUUCGCAGGCCUUGUUUUCAGUUUAUUUUAUCUUGUUUUCCAGCUUAGUACUGACUUAGAUUGAUGAUUGAAAUGCCAAUAAUUUAUAUGCAAAAGUGUAUGUUUAUGUAGCCCUUUGUUUAUGCUUUUCUUACUGAGUGGCCAUGACUUUGAAGGAAACUGCUCACGCUAUUACUUCAGAAGAAGGGACAUGGAUAGGAGUGAAAAGAGGAAGAUGCUACAUGGACAGAGGCUUAUUAGCCUCCCUUUAUUUGUUUAUCUUAAGGUGUGGCUUCACAUGUUUGUGUGUGUGUGUGUGUGUGUGUGUGUGUUAGUGUGUGUGUCAGUCAGCACGCAGAGAUAAAACUCUGGGUGCCCAAGUGCUCUGCUGAUGAUUACCAGCCUUACACCAGCUUGCAGUUAUCUGUCUGUAGACGGACCCAUACAUUUAAGUGCUAAAUGAACAAUUAUACCCUUAAGGGCACUACAGUGGGGACCAAUGUUUAUUUGUGAGAGUGUGAAUGCAUGUGUUGCCAGCCUGUUUACCUGUGCAUCUGGCCUUUCCUCUCCACUCCUUCCUGUCAGAUACCCAUUAAAGCAAAGUUCCAGAUUGUUUUAUUUUGUUUUUUACAAUAUCCCAUCAGUUGUUUCACUAUAGAGUUGAACUAUCUUGCUUCCAAAGGUUCUUGUCUUUAUUCACAAUGAAGCACCCUGAACCAGUGACAUGUUUUUAAAAUGUUAACGCUCUGAUGGUCACAUUGUUGCAACUCAGUGGCAAUGCCCUAAUGCCAAAUCUUUCCUUUCUUUUUCCAGUCACAUGCAGCACUUUUAAAGGAAUAGGUCAAAAAAACGAUGUACUUCACUUACCUCUAGUGCAGCUAUUCAUCUUUUUACAUAAACACACGUCCAAACCUAACAGUGGGACCAAGAUGCAUACUUACAGUUACUUUGAAGUGUAAAAAUGUGCUCUCUGGUGUACAAACUGUCUGAAUUAUCUCGAAAUUAUCUUUGGCAUUUCUCUGCUGACCUUGUGAUUUAUUAGGCGUUGUAUACACAUUGUGUGUAUAUAUACAGAUAUAUCUGCAACAAACUAAUACCGGCCAGUUUACCGGCCAGGUGGAUUUACCUGACUGUACCUUACAACGUUUUAUUUGGUGGUAUCUAGCCUUGCAGACGGUGCCAUUGGAACUGAAAAAAGUAGUCCCUUGGAAAACGGGAGAAAUGGGGGCACAGAAGGAAUUAUUGUUGUUUCCUUUUAUGUAAUUUUUCAGUAUUGGAGAAGAAAUUCCAUUCACUAGAAUUAUAUCGGGGUGGAAGCUGAAAUGUUAGAGAUAGUUAUCUCUGAACCUGGGUAGAUCAAACCAAAACUAUCUGCAUGGGUAUAUACCAUGAGAGGUAAGUGAGAAGUAGUUUUUCUCAUAGUCUGGGUGAACUGACCCUUUAAAUGAGAGUUGGAGCUUUGUGGUCAUGGAUGACUUGAGACAAGCAAGACAUUUGUAUCUUUGUAGUGAAAUAACUGAUGAGAGUUUGCGCUGAAAUCUCACUGAUGAAAAAUGUGAAAGAGUCCUGCUUUAAAACAAAUUCUGAUAUCUGUAACGUAACUGAAAAUGCGAUGCCUUUAUAUAUUUUUUUCUUUUCCUUUUUUUUUUUUUUUGUGAAUGAAGAAAAUGAGCUUUGCCUUGCUGUUGCUUCAGUGCUGUCGGACGCCUCCCUCUCUAGCAGUGAUGUGAGUGGCUCUAGCUGAGGAGGUCCAGCCUUAGCCCCCUUAAAAGGACGCUCAGCUGCGCUCUUGGUGCUUCGACAGGUGCCCCCUCUUUCUGGGAGACAGAACAUUCUCCUAGGACAGACGUGGAAAUGAAUGUUACCUACGGUCGCUAUUUCCAAGCAGCUCUAUAGAAAGACAAACGACUAGAUUUGGAUCAUUUGCAGAAAACAGUAUGUUACAGUAGAGGCUGGUAAAUACAUAUCCUCUUGUCCUACAGAGUGAAUAAUCGCAAAUAUUGAAUGGAAAAAUCCUACACUGUUGGAUAUGAUUUAAUUCAUCCCAGGAUUUAUUUUGUUCUUCCCUCCAGUUAUACUGACUGCUUUUAAGUGAAGGUCACUUGUCCUGUUGAAUUGCAUUCUGGUCUAUUAGGGCUACUGUUUUGGAGGCACUGGCAAGCAAUUUCUGUGUUUUCUGCAAUGGAUUUUUCUCUGUACCACCUGUGAAAAUUCUAGAUAAGGCUCUUUUUCACUGAUUUUGACAUGAAGCGUUUCCUGUCCAAACUCCAGCUCCAGCACUGGCUGUGAUGUCAAAUUGUCUGUUUGGCCAAAAAAAAAAAAAAUCAUAAAUGGAGCCAGAAAUGUGCUUCUUUUAAAAAACGGUGUUGGAGUGUUUUAGGAUGUUUUCUUGUAACUCUGCCCCUAAGAAACCAGUUGACCUACAGACAAGGUUUGAUUUGACAGUACCUACUGGUAGUCAUUGUGAUCUACUGAUUUCUGAAAGGGAUUGUCAUAGUGUCAUUGCUGGAGGGUCGAAGGGCAUGGGCAUGCUGGGAAAGAUGGUCAAAGUUAAAGAUAAAAGCUGUGAUCUCUCUGACAGCCAAGUUUCUCUCAUACGUGUUCAAAGGAUUGACACCAAAUGUGAUGAGGGGAUGUUUCACUGUUGUCCUGUUGCUGCUUCACUGUUAGCUGCAAAACAUUAAAAGGUAUAUCAUUGAUCACAAA